CUUUGAUUAUACUCCAUUAUGCCUUUCGACCUUUCCAAGUGCGCAAGGCCCAAUAUCCUCGCCCUCGAGCCUUACCGAUGUGCAAGAGACGACUACAAAGAUGAUGGAACAAAUAUAUUGCUUGAUGCAAACGAGAAUGCGUACGGUCCAGGUCUUGCUCUACAUAACGACGGCAAGCUUGCCAAUGGCAAUGGAUCCGAUAUUCAAAUCGACCUUCUCGGAUUAAAUCGCUACCCUGACCCCCACCAGCAUGAAUUGAAGCAAUUGCUUUGCAACUUACGCAAUACUCACGCUCACACGAAGAAGAACAUCACUCCGGAGAAUCUCUUUGUUGGCGUCGGCAGUGACGAGGCCAUCGAUGCUCUUCUACGUGCAUUCUGCGCUCCUGGGAAGGACAAAAUUCUGACAUGUCCACCUACCUACGGCAUGUACGCUGUAUCCGCACAAGUGAACGAUGUCGAAGUCGUGAAGGUGCCGCUCGACACGAAGAACAACUUUCGGGCCCAACCCGACAAGAUCAACGAGGUUCUGGCAUCUGACCCAUCCAUCAAACUCGUAUACCUUUGCAGUCCCGGAAACCCAACUGGUAACCUUGUCCGGAAAGAAGAAGUUCGAGCCGUACUGGAACACCCCUCGUGGAACGGCAUCGUGGUCCUGGACGAAGCAUACAUCGACUUUGCUGCUGAAGAUGCUUCUCUCGCCGAGUGGGUGGCUGAGUGGCCGAAUCUUGUCGUCAUGCAAACGCUUUCUAAAGCUUUCGGUCUGGCAGGCAUACGUUUAGGAGCAGCUUUCACCAGUCCCGAGGUCGCGAAGCUCCUGAACAGCCUAAAAGCUCCCUACAACAUCUCGAAUCCUACCUCACAGCUCGCCAUUCAAGCUAUGCAGCCGCAAAAUCUCAAGGUCAUGCACCAGAAUCGCUCAAAUAUCAUCCGUCAGCGGGACAGGUUACUUUCCGAGAUGCCAAACAUCAAGGGGAUUGGUCGAUUCCGCGGAGGCCCGGAAAGCAACUUUCUGCUUGUGGAGAUGUGCGACUCUAAGGACGAGCCGAGCAACGAGAUUGCAUUGCAGGUCUAUGAGCGACUCGCGGAAAGCAGAGGCGUGGUCGUACGGUUUAGAGGCAAGGAGCCGGGAUGCUUCGGCUGCCUCAGGAUCACAGUCGGCACAGAAAACGAGGUUACGAGAUUUCUCAAGGAGAUCGAGAGCGUACUGUCAGAUGUGCACAGUGGGAAGGAAAGCCGUGUGGAGAAGAAGCGCGAGGAGGCAAAAGAGAACGAUGCGAAUGGGAUCAUAGCCUAA